GGGCGCAGCGUGUGAGAGAUCAUGUCCGGGGGCAGCAGCUGCAGCCAGACCCCGAGCCGGACCAUCCCCACCACUCGCCGGGUGGUCCUCGGCGACGGCGUGCAGCUGCCGCCCGGGGACUAUAGCACCACCCCCGGCGGCACACUCUUCAGCACCACCCCGGGAGGUACCAGGAUCAUCUAUGACCGGAAAUUCCUGAUUGAGUGUCGGAACUCACCUGUGGCCAAAACACCCCCCCAGGACCUGCCCACCAUUCCUGGGGUCACCAGCCCUGCCAGUGAGGCACCUCCCAUGGAAGCCAGGCAGAACCACCUACAGAACAGUCCAGAAGACAAGCCAGUGUGUGGUGAAGAAUCACAGUUUGAGAUGGACAUUUAGAGGACCAGCCAUCGGAGCAAGCAAUGCCUCUGAGCCCCUCAGGCCCUUCUCAGGAGAAGAACCACACCAGCU